CUAUUUUUACCACCUUCAAGGAGCCAUUGGUUUAUUUCUCUUCCUACUUGUCUCUCUUAUAAUUCUUCAUAUUCUUGUACUUUGCAUUAGCAUUUUCUUAAGAAGUAAAUACAAUUAGAUGGGGAAUUGCCAGACUGUGGAUGUUGCAGCAUUAGUGAUACAGCAUCCUAAUGGAAAACAAGAGAGAAUUUAUUCGCCAGUGACAGCUAGUGAGGUGAUGCAAAUGAAUCCAGGACACUAUGUUUCACUGAUUAUUUCAUCGCCGAUCACCGGAAAAGAGAAUGCCGAUGAAAAAACCGUUCGAUAUACGAGUGUUAAGCUUCUCCGGUCAAGUGAUGCCUUAGUUCUUGGCCGGGCUUAUCGGCUUGUCACCACACAAGAGGUUAUGAAAGUGCUGAGAGCAAAGAAAAGUGAAAAGAUGAAGCAAAACCUGUCAGAAUCGGCUGCCAAUUUGAAGAUGGAUUUGCUGAACUUGCAGAGUUCUGGUUGCGGCUCCGAAGCAGGAAAAUCUGCACUGGAGCAGAAUGAUCAGGCCAUGGGGAAUGUCAGACAUCGGCGAAGGUCAGGAUCCACAAAUUUGGCAGCUGCAAAGUCCAAAUCUUGGCAGCCAUCCCUCCGAAGCAUUUCUGAGUCGGGAAACAGUAUUGGAUAGAAUUGGACAGUACAAUUAACAAGUUUUUAACUUAGUUUCUUUCUUAAUAUUAUCUUGUUCAGGUCCUAUCGAACGUGACGCAAGUGAACUUUAAUUUCAAGAUGCAGUAAAGCCCUAGAAGAUGGUCAGAACAUUUCUGUGGGCACUGUCAUUCACGAGUUUAGAACUUGAAGAAUGUUGGGCAAUAA